AUGGCACCAUCCACCACGAAUAUCGGCGGCGAAUGCUGCCUCCGAGCGUUUGAGUGGGACGGCACACCCGCCGGGACCGUCUCGACGAUCCCGGGGACGAACCACGCGGCCUACGUGACCGGGAACAACCCGUCAGCUGCAGUGCUCUACCUGCACGACAUUCUCGGCUGGACCUUUCCCAACGCCCGGCUGCUGGCUGACCACUACGCCCGCGAGGCCAACGUGACCGUCUACGUUCCCGACCUAUUCGACGGCUGGGUCGUCUCGCGCGAGGCCGUCUUCGCCAAGCGCUACGAAGACAUCGACAUGGCGGGCUUCCUGGCCCGGAACAACCGCGAGAAGCGCGAGCCCGAGAUCAUCGCGGCCGCCCGCGCCCUGCGCGCAAAGUACGCGCGCGUCGGCGUCGUCGGCUUCUGCUACGGCGGCUGGGCGUCGGCGCGCCUCGGCGCCAAGGACCUCCUGGGCGUCGUCGACUGCGUCAGCAUCGGCCACCCGGGCUUGAUGACCAAGGCCGACGUCGACGCCCUCGCCGUGCCCACGCAGCUUCUGGCCCCCGAGAUCGACGAGCACUACCCGCCCGAGCUCAAGACGCACACGUUCCAGACCCUCCAGGCCCUCGGCCUGCCGUUCGAGUACCACCACUUCCCCGGCGUCGAGCACGGCUGCCUCACGCGUGGCGACGAAGCCGCCAAGGGCUCGAGGGACGCCAUGGUGCGCGGCAAAAACGCCGCCGUCGCUUGGUUCAAGCAGUGGCUGCAGGUUGUCGAGUGA